AUGCAGCUUUGCAGUAGAGGCUUUGCUACAGAGGAUCCCUUGAAGUCCUCUCCAGAUGAUAUUUCCAGAGUUGCCAGUUUUAUUGAGUCAAAACUUGUCAUCUGUUACUUAAAACUGGGGCAGCCUGACAUUGCUCUGAGUCAUUCACACAGAAGGAAAGGAGCCUGUGUGUGCAGCCUCCCCAGGCCCAGACACGUGGAGGGGGGGAUCCUCCAGACCAGCUCCAAGCUCUGGGCUGAGAGCCUGAGUGCCCAGGAGUGGUCAGAGAACAUCAGGGGCACUCCCAGGGCACAGCUGGCAGGGCCACAACCUGCAUUUCUGCCAACUGGAGUAUUCUGUCAGGCUCUGAUUCAAGAAGCCCUGAGUGGAGAAGUGUCUUUUUCCGUUCUGUACACACCUUUUGAGAAAGAGGACGAGGCUGACAAAAUAAAGGAGGCCAAUAAAAGCUUUGCUGAGAAGCACCCUGAUUAUGUGCAGCACAUAUUCACAGAUCCUCAUGGAAUUCACCUCUUGCCAGAGAGAGCUGAGUCUCUGCCUGACCAGGAGUACUUACUGACUUUGGGCUUCAGAAACAGAGAGAUUGGAAAAACUGUGGAAAAGUCUGUGAUUCGAAACCUGCCACUUACCCAACGUCCUGCCAGACCCUCUAGGAAAAAAGGGAGGUGGAUAAACACGGCCCCUGUGGUUCUGUGGUUUCACUUCCUAGGUCAGAAAACAGCUUUCAGUCCCAGCACGGAGGAAGAAACAGAAACGUUUUGGGAAAACACUGGGAAGAAGAUCAUGGCAGUCAUAGAUUUUAUAGGAAGCACCAAAAUAAAGGACAGGCGCAGCCCGUGCGCCCGCGCCAUCGAGCACUUCCACCGCGCCAGCCUGCUCGGCCGCCUGCAGAGGGGGGAGGAGCAGGCCCAGGUGAUGGCCCAGGUGAUGGCCGAGCUGGCCACCAUUCCCUACCUGCAGAGAGUCUCUCAGGAGGAUGACAAGCUGCUGCAGUCCCUGACAGCAGAUGCCAUGGACGUCCUGGCGGGAAGAACCAGGGAUCGCGUGUGGACUAAAAUACAGAAGGUGGCACGAAUAGAGGAGGAGCUGAGGGAAGGAGAAGAGGAUUUCCUGAGGGUGAGGGAAGGAGAAGAGGAUUUCCUGAGG